AUGGUCAAACAGAGGUAUCACAAUGAAGAUGCAGCUGCAGUUAUGGUUAAAACGCGUCAUUUCAAGACGAACAAGGACCAGAUCAAACUAGGCGAUUACGUGAAUGCGACUGUGGUUAUUGCUGGGCAGAAACUCGAGCUGCCAGCUGAGGUUUUGGACGUUAGGCAACAAGGUAACUUGUUUUUAUUUUUUAGUGUUUAGAUAUGAAACUUGAGUUCUGGCAAAUCGGGAGGAUAAACUACUUGAAAAAGGGUAUUUAAAAGCGAAGUGCAUGAAAUAUUCUUCAUUUUCGUCUAUUUUUAAGAUAAUUAUUUUGUUCUUUUAGUUUGUGACGACGGAUCUAACCAAACACAAUAUUAUGUACAUUAUGAGAACAGAGAUCGACGUUUGGACGAAUGGAUAGGGCUUGACAGAGUUCUCGAUCGAAGUCCAAUUAGUAUUAAAGCUAUCACAAGGAAACGAGAGAUCGAACAGCCUUUAACCAGAAGUCAGCGAAGGAUUCAAGAAGAAUUUUCACAUAUACCUAAAAGCAUCAACGAUUUGGAUGCAACCACAGCUAAAUUGGAGAAGCAGCACGAAGAGAGGACCAAGAUCAAGAAUGUUCAGAGAGUUGUGAUAGGCUCAUGGGAAGCGGACGCUUGGUAUUACUCGCCUUAUCCCACAGCCAUUGUUGAUGGAUUUGUGGAGACACUUUACAUAUGUGAAUAUUGUUUGUUCUACUACUCGGAUUAUCAGAAGUACAACAGACAUAUUGUAAGUUUAUUUGAAGUUCAAAGUUGAGGUAUUUGUUUUACUAUGUUAAAAAAUUUUUUUACAGUAUCUCGAGUUUUUAAAUUUAAAAAUCAUGGUUUUUUCUAUUGAAUAUGUCGCUUUAACGGUUUAUGAAGGGAAGGAAGGUAGCUAAUUGAUCCGUUUUUAGUCACAAGGAUGCGUGAGGACACAACCUCCAGGUCAAUGUAUAUAUAGGAACAAAAACCUUGCAGUACACGAAGUUUUUGGCAAUGUUUACAAGGUAAUCAAUUUUAUUAUGAUCUUUGAUAGAGAAAAUUUAAACUUUUAAAAGUUUCUUCUAAAAUUUUAAAAAUUUUUACUAAAGUAUUAUUUUGUGUGUAAUAUUGUAAUAUAUAAUACAAAAUAAAAUCAACUAAUUUCAGUUGUACUGCCAAUGUCUGUGCCUCUUAUCAAAGCUGUUCCUCGACCACAAGACCUUAUAUUACGAAGUGGAGAACUUUCGAUUCUAUGUGUUAUGUGAAGUAGAUGAACAUGGAUCUCAUCUUGUUGGUCACUUCUCUAAAGAGUUUGGUACCAACAACAACUUGGCUUGUAUUAUGGUACUGCCAUGUCAUCAACGCAAAGGCUAUGGUAAACUGUUGAUUCAGUUGAGCUACGCACUGUCUACGUUGGAAAACAGCAUUGGAACGCCGGAGAAACCGUUGUCAGAUCUGGGCAAGGUCAGUUACAGAAGCUACUGGUGGUGGAUAUUGUUGAAUGCGAUUGAAAGGAAUGGAUGGAUCAACGGCUGUCUAGUCAGCGAGUUGAGUGCAGCUACACAUGUGCAUCCGGAUGACAUCAUUAGCACGUUGUCGGCGCUUCAAAUGGUCAAAUAUGCUAAACGUAGGUUAAUAUUGGCAACUUUUUGAUUCUCUAUUGUAAUUUUAAAGCAUUUUUUUUUGUAUACUCUGCAGUAAAUUUAGCUUACAAAGUCAUUUCUCUUGACCAUUUAUAUCAUUUUUAACAUUUUCUAAAAUUCAACUUAUUUCAGCAUCCUACGGUGAUGAUAUUGUGUUAUGUUCACCUCAGAUCUUGAAUCACUGUAAAAAGCUGCCAUUCUGCAAAGCACCGAAGCUGGAACUGGUCGAGAAGAACAUUACCUGGUCGCAGAAGGAAGAGAUUGUGCCAUUGUUUUUGAGAGAGAAAGAAGUCUUUAGACAUUUACAAGAUCAUUCCCCUUCCUUAACACCUUCGAAUGAUACUGAUGCUGCUUCACAAUCAGAUGACUGUAGGUCGGAAAAGAGGAAACGAUUGGUCAAGAAGGUGUCGUCAGCCAGUCGGGAUUGA